AUGCUUGACAAAAACCGGAAUGCCCUGGUGACCAUUGCCGGCACUGGGGAAUCUGGCUUUCAAGGUGAUGGAGGAAAUGCACGUCUCGCUUUGCUCAGGAAGCCUGAAGGGUUGGCCGUGAAGCCUGGACUGGAGGUUGGAGCUGACAAUGUAGGCCGCGAGCUAUACUUUGCAGAUUUCGUGAACCAGCGAAUUCGCAAACUCGUGCGCGGCACGAACGAAUGGACCAUCUAUACUGUGGCAGGCAGCGGGGUCAUGGGUGAUGACCCGCUUUGUGACAGCGGGUGUCUUGCUCUUGAAGCGAGCUUAUGGAAUCCGCGUUCCUUGGCAUUUGCGUCCAACCAAGACCUGUACUUCGUCGACUCGGGCAGCCACAAAAUUCGUAGGCUGACCACCAGCUUGGGGGACCCCAGGGCCAAUCCAAACGCAACGAUCUCAACAUUUCUUGGGAAUUCUGACUGGACUGCAGAAAACGGGAUGUGGCAGGCCUUCCGUGGCGUCGCGAAAGUGAUGCUGCCUGGCCAUUUCGAAAGUCCAAAUGCAGACCUUCACUUGCGAGCGCUGUAUGCCUUAACAAUCGACAAGUAUGAUCGCCUCUGGACAAUCGACAGCGACAGCAACAGGAUUUUCAUGGCACCACUUGUCAACAGGACAUUGGUUUGGUUAGUCGAUGACUUCGGCAACUUCCUUGCAAGGUUGGUUGCCUCCAAGUUCAAGGACAACAGCACCUAG